CUGACCGGGCUCGGGCUCCACUAGAGGCCUGAGGUCGGGGCGCGUGCGCGUGCGCGGGCUCAGGUCCCCCUCCCCCCCGGCCGUUACAGUCAAGCGCGCGCUCCGUCCUCGAGCCGCCGCCAGAGUCACCGCCCGCGACCCUGACCCGACAUGUUGGCGCUCAGGUACACGUUCCCCCCGCACCCGCGGAGCCAGGCGGUGGGGCUCUGGGGGCAACUGAGGAUGGUCUCCUCCUCGUCCUCCAUUACCGCCGUAGACGAUGACCAGUUGCCCGUUAUCCGCGUCCCGCAGCGGCUGCAGCAGCAGAAGCUGAAGCGCGGGGCGGGGAACCAGGCAGUGGCGGUGGGGCUGAGGUUGGUCAAGCCCGGCCGUCAGCUGAUCGUGGGCAAGCGUCCUCAACUCAACCAGCACUCCGGCCGCAUCUUCGGCAAGUUCGACCAGGUGCCGCUGGUCUCCAAGGGAUGGAAGCACAGGAAGGCAGCCGGGGAUUACUUCACCAUCAACAACACCCGUACUCGGCCCCCGGCCUUGCCCGGAGACCAGGGGGAGGAAGAGGAGGAAAGGGAGGAAAGGCAGAAGUCCAGUGGAAAGGCGCCGAGCUUCAGUUCGCUGGGGCUGUGCAUUGAGUUGCAGGACGCCUUGGACAAAAUGGGCAUCUCUCGCCCCACCACGGUUCAAUCCCAGGCCAUCGCGGCCCUCAUGAGAAGGAAGAAUAUUCUGUGUGCCGCCGAGACUGGCAGCGGCAAGACCCUGAGCUACCUGCUGCCCUUAAUGCAUACCUUGAUCUCUGAAAGGCUUGUGCCCAUCGAUACCGACUGGACUGGUCCGCAUGGUCUGGUGUUGGUCCCGUCCCGGGAGCUGGCCGACCAGGUCUACCAAGUGGCCCAGUCCCUGGCGUCCAACCUCAAUCUGAAUGUGCAGACGGUCGGUGGAGGUCGUGGGUUGGGCAACGUAAAACUCGCCCUGUCCCGAGGACAGAUUGACCUCCUAAUAUCCACACCUGGUAUCCUUUGGAAGGCACUGAAAAGGGACUUUAUCAGUCUACGUGAGUUGACCUACCUGGUACUGGAUGAGGCGGACACUCUGUUUGAUGCGAGCUUUGUGGAGCUGCUGGAGGGCAUUCUCAACCAUACCCAAAUAGCUUCCAACGCCUCUGAAACCCAUGGGGUGGAAAGGAAAGCUCAGCUGGUGGUGACAGGGGCAACAUUCCCAGGUGGAGUGGGAGAACUCCUCAGCAAAAUCACGGAUUUGGGCAGCAUCACCACAAUAAAGAGCAAAGGCCUUCACUACCUCAUGCCGCACGUGAAGCAAAAAUUUACGAAGGUGAAGCGGGCUGAUAAAUUGUCUGAGUUCCUGCAAGUCUUGAAGCAACUUGCAAAAAGACCUGAGGUUGGAAUUCUUGUGUUUUGCAACAAUGCAGCAACUGUUAAUUGGCUUGGUUAUAUCUUGGAAGACCAUCGCAUCAAACACAUCCGGCUGCAGGGGAAUAUGGUGGCUGAAAAGCGAAGCAGCAUCUUUGAUACUUUUCAGAGGGGUCUCAUAGAUGUCCUCAUUUGCACAGACAUUGCAUCCCGAGGCUUGGACACUCGGAGGGUGGAAAUUGUAAUUAAUUAUGACUUCCCACCAACUCUGUGUGAUUACAUCCACAGAGCUGGGAGAGUGGGACGUGUUGGGGGCAAGGUUUUGGGUACUGUUAUCAGUUUUGUUACGCACCCAUGGGACGUUGAACUGGUGCAGAAAAUUGAAGCUUCAGCACGUCAAAAAUUGAUGCUCCCUGGCAUGGAGUCCAAAAUCAGUGAGGCAACAGCGAAAAUCAUAGCAGAAUUAUGAGAAGUGAGAUGUUCAGACUGACAAAUUCACAUUGGCUGUAACAAUUUUUGUAAGUUCGGCUUUUGAAGUAAACUUAAAUUGUUUACAAAAAUUAAACAGAUUCUUAGAUACAAUAGUAUUAUGCAUUGAAAAGUAA